UUAGGAUGAGAAAUACUCUUCCACCAUUACCCAACCAUUAUCUCAUAGAGAAAGAGAUAACAUAUGGUAGUAAAAAGAGAGGAGUCAGAGGACUGAAGCAGGGAGAAACGAAGGCAGAUUUAUUGCAGGAAGACAUGAAAAUUUAUGGCUAGCUUUUAAGGCAGUGAUCCAAAGGUCUAAGGCUUGCAAGCAGCUUUUGAAGCCUUCUGCAAUUUCUUCCACAUAAUUCUCCUUGUCAAAGACACGAGGAGGCAGCAUGGACUUGGGCAACUUGCAAAGAGGGUAUAUCGACUACAUAUCAGCUCUCUUCCAUGAGGGGUUUCUGGACAGCCAGUUCACACAACUGCAGCAGCUGCAGGAUGAGAGCAACCCUGAGUUUGUCCUAGAAGUCGCGACUCUCUUCUUUGAGGAUUCUGAGAAGCUUUUGAAUGAACUAAGCAGGACUCUAGAUCAGCAGGCUGUGGAUUUCAAAAAAGUGGAUGCUCAUGUUCACCAACUGAAAGGCAGCAGCUCUAGCAUAGGUGCUCAGAGAGUUAAAAAUGUCUGCAUUGCCUUCCGGGACAUCUGCGAGGAGACAAACAAGGAAGGAUGUCUCAGAUGUCUGCAACAAGUGAAGCAAGAGUUUUACCUGGUAAAGAGUAAGCUUGAAACUCUGUUCAGGGUAUGGUAAAAACAAGUGUUUGGCUGGAGAGGCAGAUUCUGGCUGCAGGUGGAUCAAUCCCCAUCAUGUGGUAGCAGUCAUAGCAGUAGUUGUACAUGCUAAAUGUUGUCAAGAGCUAGGAAAAGGUGCCAUGUUGCUUGCUUACUGCCUAACUUUGGUCACUCUAGUGGGAAUGUUCCCUUUUAGCAAACUUAAAGGAAGCCGAUAUUCUCCUUCCAUUCUGUAAAAAAAUGACUGAACAAGCAAAAGGCAGCUUUGGUGUCAGUUCCAAGUAUCGAAUUAUGUAAACGAUCCCUAAUCUAAUUAUUUACCAGUA